AAACGAAGAAGCAAUAAACCAAAUGGAAAAAAAGCUUCGCAAGAAAAGGAGAGGGAGGUAGAAAUGUCCAAAACCUAAGGUUUCUGCUACGUGUACACUUGGUAGUUCGUACCCCAGUUGACAUUUUCUCGCGUCUUAGGAUAGGAAGUGCGGGAAAAUGGUAAGAAGCGUAGAGAGUGAAAAUUCCCAAUCUCAGAGUCCUCGAAAUGGAUCUCCUGCUGCUUCCAGUUCUUCAACUAAUCCGGUGAGAGUUCUGGCGAGACCCGACCCCUUCUUGGUGGUUUGUAGAUGCUUCAGCGUUUUGACUGCCAUUGCUGCUAUUCUUUGUAUUACUGUCAAUGUCCUUUCUGCUCUCAGAUCCUUCAAGAACGGUUCCGAUAUAUUCGAUGGGAUAUUUCGUUGUUAUGCGGUCGUGAUUGCGCUUUUCGUAGUUGUUGCAGAGACAGAAUGGGCUUUCAUUAUCAAAUUCUGGAAGGGCCUGGAAUACUGGGCUGGGAGGGGUAUGCUGCAAAUAUUCGUCGCUGUGAUGACAAAAGCUUACCCCGAAGACAAUAAGGAAAGGAAGGACCUUGUUCUUCUCCAAAAUAUAGCGUGCUACAUGCUCCUAAGUUGUGGUGUCGUUUACCUUGUUUCGGGUAUCUUAUGCAUCGGUCAUCUCAAACGCACUCGUCAAAAGAAAGAAAUUUCCAGAGACCAAGCUGUUAAGGAUCUUGAAGAAUUGGAGCGGCAAAGAGAGGAACUUGAAGCAUUGCUGUUACUUGAAGAAAGGUUUUGACAAAAAAAUGGUUUGGAUUUUCUCAUUAGCAUCAUCUUGAAGAUUGGAAGACAACAAGUUCUAACUAUUUCCAGCACCAUACUAGUCAGCCGUAUGGAUAUGCACUUCAAGUUAAAAGAGAUGAGAAAAAUGAUAUAAAUAUUAUGCAUAUUGGAAAGAACUUCUUGAAUCUGAGAAAAGGUCUGAAAAAUGUAAAUAUUAUGCAUAUUGAAAAGAACUUCUUGAGGCUGAGAAAAGGUAUGAACAAUGUAACAAGUUUUUUGUUUUCCUGUGAAUAUGUAUUGGAUUAUGGACACGUUUUUUUUUCUAGUGUCAAUCUUCUUUUAAAUAUUUGUUUGUUUAGAACUUUAGAUGUCCAAAAUUUCGUGAUUGCGAGUUUUUAUAUCUUGACCAGAUAAAUUAUUAAUAACUUGUUACAAAUAUUCAAGUUUGAUAUCAAUACAAUCCAAACUAAUUAUUGAAUUUA